UCAGCUUAAGCCCCAUUUUGUUUAGUUUCGCUGAACCUGUUUUUAGAGAGGCUCAUUAUAAAUGCAUAGACUAUCCCGCACUCAAAAAUGGUCGCCACCGUUGUAGUGUCCUUGGCUACUUCUCUUUUAGCUUCAUCAGGUUCUCACUCUUCUUCUUCUACUACUUUGUUUUUCACUAAGUUGCGGCCUUCGUCUGGGCUCAGAUUUUCUUUUGCUGUUGCUCCUUUGUGUUCUCGAAGAGCCAAGUUCAUGGCACAUACUAUCGCUCGCGCCACUCUUGGCCUUACUCAGCCAGCCAACAUCGAACACCCCAGGAUCUCUUUUGCUGCAAAAGAGAUCGAUGUGGCAGAAUGGAAAGGGGACAUACUUGCAGUUGGGGUCACUGAGAAAGACAUGACCAAGGAUGAAAACUCCAAGUUUCAAAACUCAAUUUUAAAAAAAUUAGAUGGUCUGUUGGGUGGUCUCUUAGCUGAGGCCUCUUCUGAGGAGGAUUUCACAGGAAAAGCUGGUCAGUCAACAGUUCUUAGACUUCCAGGCCUUGGCUCUAAAAGGGUUGGUUUGAUUGGGCUUGGACAGUCCGUUUCAUCUCCAGCUGCUUUUCGUGGUCUUGGUGAGGCUGUCGCUGCAGCUGCAAAGACUGCUCAAGCUAGUAGUGUGGCUGUCGUCCUUGCCUCCUCAGAAGGCCUCUCAAAUGAGUCAAGGCUCAUCACUGCUUCAGCAAUAGCAUCUGGGACGGUCCUGGGAAUAUAUGAAGAUAAUAGAUACAAGUCGGAGUCAAAGAAACCACAACUUAAAUCUGUGGAUAUUCUAGGUCUUGGAACUGGACCAGAUUUGGAGAAGAAGCUCAAGUAUGCUGAAGAUGUUUCAUCUGCUAUAAUUUUUGGAAGAGAGCUUGUGAAUUCACCAGCCAAUGUACUUACCCCUGCUGCACUAGCAGUAGAGGCUUCAAAGAUUGCUUCGUUGUACAGCGAUGUUAUAUCUGCAACCAUCUUGAGUGCAGAGCAGUGCAAGGAGUUGAAGAUGGGAUCUUAUCUGGGAGUUGCUGCAGCAUCUGCUAAUCCCCCUCAUUUUAUCCAUUUGUGUUACAAACCCCCAAGUGGACCUAUUAAAGCCAAGUUAGCAUUAGUUGGAAAAGGAUUGACUUUUGACAGUGGUGGCUACAAUAUCAAGACUGGAGUUGGUUGUUCAAUUGAGAUUAUGAAAACUGACAUGGGAGGUUCUGCAGCAGUUCUUGGUGCUGCAAAAGCCCUUGGACAAAUCAAACCUCCUGGAGUAGAGGUUCAUUUUAUUGUUGCAUCUUGUGAAAACAUGAUAAGUGGAACAGGUAUGAGGCCUGGAGAUAUCAUCACAGCUUCAAAUGGAAAGACAAUUGAGGUUAAUAACACUGACGCAGAAGGCAGGCUUACGCUUGCAGAUGCUUUGGUAUAUGCUUGCAACCAAGGUGUUGAGAAGAUAGUUGACCUGGCAACACUAACUGGGGCUUGUAUAGUUGCUCUUGGACCGUCAAUUGCAGGUGUCUUCACACCCAGCGAUAAUCUGGCAAAGGAGGUAUUUGAAGCCUCAGAGGUCAGUGGUGAGAAAUUUUGGAGGAUGCCACUAGAGGAAAGCUAUUGGGAGUCAAUGAAAUCAGGAGUGGCUGAUAUGGUGAACACUGGUGGUCGUCAAGGUGGCGCUAUCACUGCAGCUUUGUUCUUGAAACAGUUUGUUGAUGAGAAAGUACAGUGGAUGCACAUUGACUUGGCUGGCCCUGUCUGGAAUGAUAAGAAGCGUGUGGCAACAGGAUUUGGCAUUUCAACUUUGGUGGAAUGGGUUCUGAAAAACUCUUCUUAAAUGAAGCUUGUAGCAUACUGUAGUGGCCAACUGUGAGGAUGGAGGAGGGAAGAGGAGAAAAACCUGUCUCUGGUGGGAUAGUUUUUCAUGAAUAAAACAUGUUGUGAUGAAGGGGAAGCAGGGGGAGUGGGAUAGUUUUUCUUUUUUAUUUUUGAGGUUGUUAUAGUAAAGUUAGGACUCAAUGCUGUUUUAAUUGAAAAAAAAAAAACUUAAAACCUAGCUUCAUCUGUACAAUAAACUUCUGUUGCUUGUCAAUGCUUUAUGGUGAUUGUGUUCAAA